UGAAUGAUCACGGCGAUUCUUACCCCAUUAUCGCUUUGAUCUGGUUACACUUCGGGUUAGAUGAUAGAGUCGGUGAAGACGAGCUGGCUGUCGCCCAGGCGAAGGCCCAGGCCCAGGCCGAGGGCCUACAGACGUGCUACAGACGCUGUGCAUUCGAAGUCAGCUGGGAAUAUGUGCAUGGCGGCGUGCCUGUCCCCGCCUGCCUCACACCGCUGCCAGCUAGUCCUGAGAGGUGAUACCUGAAUGGUGCCCUCGCUUCAGGCCAGCCCCGCCGCAGCGGACGAGGAUCUGAAGCUGUCCGUCUCAGAGCAAAAUCUGUUGCGCAAUGCUGACCCCCAGCGAGCAGACUCAGAGCGCACCCCAUGGUGGACCGGCCUCGUUCUGUGCUCUGCCAUCCUCGCAGUCUCCAGCGCCGCUGCUGCCUUUAAGUACAUCGAAGGAGCAGCCCCCAUCACGAGGGCGGGAUGGAGGCUGCAGGUGACCACCCUGGCGGUGAGCCCCCUUGCGUAUGCUCAGUGGCGCACGCUGGCCCCCGAGCUGCGGCGGCGUGCGGGGCAGCCUGCCACGCUGGGGCUGCUGGCGCUGUCGGGGGCGUGCCUGGCGGUCCACUUUGGCACCUGGGUCUACAGCAUUGAUCACACCAGCCUGCCCCACUCGCUGCUCCUGGUGUGCUCCAGUCCACUGGUCCUCGCGGUUGCGUACUGCCUCACUUGCCGGCCCAUCUCGUGGGGGGAGAUCGGUGGGGUGGCCCUGGGCACGGGGGGCGCAGCCCUGCUGGCGCUGUCAGCCAAGAGCGACCGGGAUGUGACUGUGCAGGGGGACGUGGCCGCGGUCCUGGCUGCGGCAGCCUUCUGUGGCUACAUCACGUGUGGGAAGAGCCUGCGAGACUGGCUCCCUUUGUUUUGCUACUCCUUCCCAGUCUCCCUAGUAGCCGCGCUGCUCCUGGCAUCUGCUGGCAUGGUGCUGGAAGGGUCGGGCGGCCUGGUGGACAACCGGCUGACGGGGCCCUUCUCCUUUGUGACCCACUCGGCGUACCUGCUCCCAGUGCUGUACCUCGCACUGGGGCCCGGCAUCGUGGGCCAUGCCGGCCUGAACGCGGUGCUGCGGUACAUGAGUCCGCUGUCGCUCAGCCUGGCGGUCUGCGUGGAGCCGCUGCUGGGCAGCCUGCUCGGCUGGGGGCUGCAGGUGUCGGCACUGCCAAGAAUAUUCACUUGGGCGGGCGGGGUGCUGCUGAUCGUGGCGACCAUCGUCACUCAAAUGGCUAGCCAGCAGCGGCUGGAAUUGGCCAAAAGGCGGCCCGGGGGUACCGAGCUGGUCCUCCUUCCGCUAUCCGCCCCGGACGACGUUUUGGAGGGAACGGAGGAGAAACUGUUAUUUGAGGGGGAGGGGCUGGCCGCGCAGCGAGAUAGGCGGGAACGGGAGGCGCUGCUGGAGGAGGGUGCCGCACUGAAGUGAUUAGUAAGGGGCUUUUUUCUUCGAUCGUGAAGAAUCAGUCAGAUACAUGUCCGGAAUCGAAAAAGGAUGCCGCUGGUUGAAAGCGCCGGUCCAAAGCUUUCAGUCCUUUGCUCUUUGCGGUUAGAAAGCUGGGGAGACAGGGUCUCCCCAUAGAUGGGGCGAAACGAGAUCAAGUUGUGGAAACCAAAGACUUGGAGGUACAGCAUUCAAGGACAACCAUAUGCGCCGUGGCACGCGAAAAAGAGUUGUUUUGACAUUGAUGUAUCGAGUAACUUAUUAUGAGCGCCGCAUCACGAUUGUGAGGCCUUAUCGGUGCUGGUACGCGCAC